UAAAAUAAUAUAUUAAAAAUACCAAAAAUAAAAACAAAGCGUCCAAAAGCAAAGAAUCUAAAAAACUGAAAAAAAUGAAGCGAGGAGUGCAUUUCUUUUGUUUUGUCCACAUGAACUCUUAAAAAGUUCUCCGUCCUUCUCACUCUCACUCACUCACUCUCUCUCUCUCUCUCUCUCUCUCUCUCUCUCUGCUUGAGAUUGAUCGAUUUGAAGUUCUCCAACUGUGAGAAUGGAGAAAGCUCAAGAAGUGCAACUCCAAAUUAUGGGCCAGGAAGUAGAAGCAGCAAACCUACCUGAGCAAACAACUAUGCCGACAUUCCCUCCACUGAAAAAUUACAAGUGGUGGCUAAAAAUAUCAAUUUACGUAUUCUUCCUUCUUGCUGGCCAGACGGCUGCUACAAUCCUGGGAAGAUUAUACUUUGAAAAAGGCGGUAACAGCAAUUGGAUGGCAGCGUUCGUACAAGCUGCUGGCUUUCCUAUUAUCCUCUUGUUUUACUUCCUAUCACCACUCAAAACUUCCGCCGCAAAUAGUACCGACAAAACUUCUCCCUCCAAGUUAAAGCUUGCUUUAAUUUAUGUGGUAUUUGGCGUAUUUUUAGCAGCGAACUGUUUGCUCUACGCACUUGGGCUCCUAUACUUGCCCGUAUCUACUUACACUCUGAUUUGUGCAACUCAGUUGGGCUUCAAUGCUUUGUUUUCCUUCUUCCUCAAUUCACAGAAGCUUACUCCUUUCAUUCUCAACUCUGUAGUCCUUCUAACCAUAUCCUCUGUCCUCCUUGUUUUCCAAAAUGACUCCACAGAAUCGAAGGAGGCGUCUAAGAAAAAAUAUGAAAUCGGGUUUCUAUGCACCGUCGGUGCUUCUGCUGGAUAUGGGUUGAUGCUUUCUUCAACUCAGUUCUGUUUCAAGAAAGUGUUAAAACAGGAAACUUUCAAGGUGGUUUUGGAUAUGAUACUGUACCCAGCGUUUGUUGCUACUCUAAUUGUUCUAGUAGGACUUUUUGCAAGCGGAGAAUGGAAGGGCUUAAGGAAAGAAAUGGAGGAGUUUGAAUUAGGGCAGGUGUCCUACCUGAUGACUUUGAUUUGGACAGCAAUAUGUUGGCAGGUGUUCUCAAUCGGGUGUACAGGACUGGUCUUCGAAGUCUCUUCACUCUUCUCUAACAUCAUCAGCACUUUUGGUUUGCCUAUGGUUCCGGUGCUGGCUGUCUUUGUUUUCCAUGAAAAGAUGAAUGGUCUGAAGGUGAUUUCGAUGCUGAUAGCUAUUUGGGGCUUUGUUUCGUACGCCUAUCAGCAUUAUCUUGAUGAUUACAAGUUCAAGACAGGAGGAAGUAACGACAGUCGAGAGGUUCCUGAAGAUUCAAACAAGUUUAAUAUAUGAACAAUGCCAAUGGGUUUCAAUAGCAAAAUAUCACCACAACCCUAAAAGCUCUGCUUCCCCUACAGAUAGAAAAGAGACAGAGAUUGUAUUGUAUUUAGUUAAAUGAAUUCAUCUAAGGUUUUAUGUUCU